AUUACAUAUCGCCUCUCAGAGUAUAAGUAUCGCAUAAUUUCAGGCUACCGAUAGCUUAACGAACCAGCUCUUUCAGGGGCAACUAACUGGACAACCGUACCCGAUUCGACGCCUUGCGGAACCAUGACUACCAAGAUCAUCGACAUCCGUGUCGACACUGCCGAAUCUGAUAUCCUGUCUGAUAUUAAAAAGGGCCUAAGGCCCAAGGAUGGUGGCGAGAAAAGACUACCCACGUUGCUGCUGUACGAUGCUCCCGGGUUGCGCCUUUUCGAGCGUAUCACCUUUCUCGAAGAAUAUUAUCCGACCAAUGCCGAGAUUGAGGUGUUGGAGGCCUACGCAGAUCAGAUUGCACAACGCAUUCCGUCGGGAUCGAUCCUUGUAGAACUUGGGAGCGGCAACCUUCGCAAAGUCAACAUACUUUUACAGGCCGUUGACCGUCUCGACAAAGCUAUUGAGUACUAUGCUGUCGAUCUGUCAUUGCCAGAACUCGAGAGGACAUUCUCCGAAAUACCUACUGAAGGAUACAAGCAUGUCAAGUGCUUCGGGUUGUACGGGACCUACGAUAACGCUCUUGAGUGGCUAAAAUCCCCCGAAAUCGAAGCGAAGCCGAAAACGAUUCUUUGGCUGGGGUCUAGUCUAGGCAACUUUAAACGUCACGAGGUAGCACCGUUCCUUGCCGGAUUUGGAGAUGUAUUGCGGGCUAGUGACACAAUGCUUAUCGGUAUCGACUCUUGCAAAGAGCCCGAACGGGUCUUUCAUGCGUACAACGAUCGCGAUAACGUAACGCACGAGUUUAUCCUCAACGGACUCGAGCACGCAAAUGAACUCAUGGGCGAAACAGCUUUCAACCUCCAAGAUUGGGAGGUAGUUGGUGAGUAUGAUGAAGAAGCCGGGCGACACCAAGCAUUUGUAUCGCCGCGGAAGGACGUGGUCGUCGAUGGCGUGCCCAUCUCGCAGGGUGAGAGGGUGCGGAUUGAAGAGAGCUACAAGUAUUCUCGCGAAGAAGUAACAAAGCUGUGGGAAGGAGCAAGGCUUGCUGAGAACUCUGUUUGGGCAAAUUCGAGGGCCGAUUAUGGUCAGUUAGACCACCAUUCUGAUUGUGUCAAGUUUCUUACCAGUCUAGGUCUUCAUCUCGUCUCCAAGCCCGUUAUAUUCUUUCCUACGAAGCCCAAAGAGUAUGCUGCGGAGCCUGUGCCGUCAUUGUCCGAGUGGAAGGACCUCUGGGCUGCGUGGGAUGCCGUCACUAGACAGAUGAUCCCCGAAGAGGAACUCGUUUCGAAACCCAUCAAUCUGCGCAACGCAUGCAUUUUCUACCUGGGUCAUAUCCCUACCUUCCUUGACAUCCACCUCGCUCGUGCGACCGAUGGUAAACCUUCGGAUCCCGCCUACUUCUGGAGCAUGUUCGAGCGCGGCAUCGACCCUGAUGUUGAAGACCCAACUCAAUGUCAUGCUCAUUCAGAGAUUCCUGAUGAGUGGCCACCGCUGGCAGACAUUCUCAAACAUCAGGAGACGGUGCGGGAGAGGACCAGGGCGCUCUACACUCCAGGAGAAGCGGACUUUGACGGCCGGGUAUCUAGAGCUCUGUGGCUCGGGUUUGAGCAUGAAGCUAUGCAUCUUGAAACGCUGCUGUACAUGUUGGUUCAGAGUGACAGAGUGUUGCCACCUCCUGGUACUACUGUGCCUGACUUUGCGGCCUUGGCCAAACAAGCCGAAACGCUCGCAGUCGACAAUGAGUGGUUCACGAUUCCUGCAUCCGACAUCGAAAUGGGACUUGACGAUUCGGAUAGCGACUACACUACCAAGCGCUACUUUGGCUGGGACAUUGAGAAGCCUCUACGCUCCGCGCAUGUAAAGUCUUUUCGGGCAAAGGCACGCCCAAUCACCAACGGAGAUUAUGCCGCUUACCUUGCAAAGACGGGCAAGUCCGAAAUCCCCGCGUCGUGGUGCUCUCAAUCUGCGAGCAAGAGGGACAGUGUCGUCACUGGCCAUCAGAAUGGUGCCAACGGAACAAGUCAAAGCCUUACUGAAGGGAAAUACGUGCGGACAGUGUAUGGAACAAUUCCUCUCAAGCUUGCGAAGGGCUGGCCUGUUGUCGCUUCGUACGAUGAGUUGGCAGGCUGCGCUCAGUGGAUGGGCGGCCGCAUCCCUACCGUGGAAGAAGUGCAAAGUAUUUAUAAGUAUGUUGACGACAUGAAGACGCUCGACUUUGAGCAGUCGCUCGGAAACACCAUUCCAGCUGUCAAUGGUCAUCUAAUCAACAAUGGAGUCGACGAGUCGCCACCAUCACACGCUUUGUCGAACGGCAACUUCAGCGCAGCAACUAGUCUCAACCCACACGAUCACUUCAUCGGCCUUGGAGGUUCGAACGUGGGCUUCAAACACUGGCAUCCAGUCUCGGUGGUCGAAAAGGGCGAUAAGCUCUGCGGCCAAUCUGAUCUGGGCGGUGUUUGGGAGUGGACUAGUACUGUGCUGGAGAAGCAUGAGGGGUUUCAGCCGAUGGAGCUGUACCCAGGCUACACGGCGGACUUUUUUGAUGGGAAACACAACAUCACACUCGGUGGAUCGUGGGCGACGCAUCCACGCAUUGCGGGGCGCAAGACGUUCGUGAAUUGGUAUCAGCGCAACUACCCGCACCCAUCCAUCCAUCUGCAUCGCGCCUCGUCUGCCCCGCCCGCACUUCGGGAACCUUCCCAAUCGUGGGUCGUAGAGAUCUCCUUCACUGCCGCUAUGCGAAAUUAUUGUCUCAGCCGUUGCGUACUUGACCCACCAGAGCACCUCCGCAAUAUAAUUUCCCCACCCGCGAGCCUGCCCAACGACCGAGCACUUACUCAACCAAACUUGCACGGAAAGAGCACCGGUCCAAACACACAGGCAACAUGGUCCACGGGUUACUCUUUAGGUGGGAGGACUCGCAGGCGCUUAAGCACCACUGCGGAUUUUGCGAGCGACCCCUUAGCCAUCCUGGCGCGCGAGCUUCGUGUUUCGGUACUCAUGCUGAACGCCAUGUUCAUGCGCCUUCGGGGACACACGUGUACCUACUGUCUUUCUAUCGACGAGGCACACUACAAGCGCCAUAAAGACCUCGCCGACCACCUGUCUAGCAUUUACGAGAGUUGUGGCAACGGAGACUGGACAAUCAUACCUUCUGAAACCGAGGAGCGCGGACGAUCUGCAGCGUUCGAUUUUGAUUCGGCCGACAGCGGAGAAGUGGAUCGCAGUCUCACGCCAGAGGAGACACCAUCGUCGAAGCGCGAAAAGAAGGAUGCGAAGCGAUUGGCGAAAGCAGCAAGUAGAUCUAGAGUCAUCACCCAGGACGACAUCAGAUAUGUCGACUCAGUGCUACACUCGGCCGACGGUGUCACGGGCAGCGACGGCGAUGGUCCGCGGAAUCCUGAAGAGAUCGAGGAGAUAGAGCAUCAUUUGCGAUACAAUGCACACGUCUACAGCACCCAGCCGAACCGUCGUGAGCUCAAGAGGUUCGCACAGCUGCCGGAUGCAGACGUUGAUUUCGAUGCCGAAAUGGAGAGGAUACUAGAGACAUUCCGCGUCAUCGAGCUGAUCAAACGCAACACAAAGAACAGAGGUCUUCAAGGCAAGGAGCUUAAGACGUUUCAGACGCUGGUUGAUGGGUUCAAAAAGGCCAUCGUUGAGGAUCUUGUGCUAGUAAAGAAAGACGUGCUCGAGAUUAGGAUGCGGCGGGCUGGCUAUCUUCGAUACACUAAUAAGACCGCUUAUGGUAUCGUGGAGGACAGAUACUCGGAUAAAAAUUGGAAGACGGGCGAGAAGUUUACGUCUAGUUCGAGUGACUCCAGUGGUGUCAUGUCUCCUGUAGAGGAGAGCGGUGGGCUGCAGAGCAAGCAGCAAGAGAGUCCAUUACCCCAACCGCCUCCACCUACUGACAGACCCGAUCGAAGACAUCUCGAGAGUAUCCACAAGCGUAUAAAUGGCGAUGAUGGCCUAUACGACCCGGUAAUUGAGCCUUAUCGCGCACCGUUGCUGUCCUUGCUACCAGAUCCGACACCAUGGAAGAAGCCCGUUUCGCUGAAAGUAGUCGCCACUGAAGCCCCGGAAAUCAAAUCAGGCGUCAUGAACGCCUGGGGAAAGGUGGAUGCUCGAGCCCAACAUCUUGAAGGAUGGCAAACCGUCUCGCAUAGCAAGAAGCCCACAGCUAUGGUGGUUCAACCCAGCUGGGGUGAGAGGCCGUUUGCAGGCUCAUCUAGGGCUCACCAUUCUGGUGCUAAUCGUACACCCACUGACAGAGCUGAACUAUCCUCUUCAACUCAAACCAAAGGCAACGAUCGAAGCCCCGAAGCCCGCGCAGUUCGGCCACCGGCAGCUACGGCUGUCACCGGUUCGAACGAGCCUGAGCGAUUCCUUGCCCCUGCUAACGAGCCGGUCAAUGAUCUGACAGACGGACAUCCCGUGGUAUCUCAGAAGAAGAAGGCGAAGAAAGCACGCGAAGCAAAGCGUAAAGCUAAGAAAUCAGUUGUACAAGAAGAAGUCGCGAGCACUCUGGUGGUCCGAGGUGACAGCCUGGACGACACUACAGAUGAUGUCGAUAUGAUUUCAUCAAACGUAUCAACGUGGUCAAUAGCUGACAGCGAAGAUGCGCAAGAGCCCAAGAUACCAGGGGUAUCAAUAUCAUAUGGGGAACAGAUUGCCCAUAAGCUCCGAACCGUUGAGGUGGUACGUCAGGAAGUAUUCGAAUCGCAGGCUUUGAAGGCGCUGUCACCUCCGGCAUCAUGUACAAAUCUGGCUAUCACCAAACACGGCAAGCAUAUGCACUGGAUCAAGUUCACCCGUAACUUCGUCGUCGAUCAGCUUACUAGCCCAUUUUUGUCAUCAUGGUCAGGUUGCUCGCACGGAACCACUUGCGCAUUUGAGAGCAACGGUGUCCCCGACUGCCCAUUCCACACGCCACACUGCAGCUGCGUCGAUCCUCUGAAAGAUAUGUGCUACCUCGUCUAUCCCUGCGACGACCUAUGCUCCUCCGGUCCCUACAACCGCCUCCGUGGCGAGAAGCUAAUGGACAUGUACGAGAAGGAUAGCAGGACUAAGGGACGUCUCAUGCUCGUGGACGAAGAUUUGAUUUCCUACUUUAUGGAAGACCCUUCGUCUCGGGCCCGCAACCGUGACUUAAGCGCUGUGCCCGAGCGUUUGGCGGCCGAGUAUAUCGGUUGUGCGGACGGAUACAUACCUGGACCUCUCAUGGGGCAAGAGCGCCAAUUCGAGCACCUCUGGAACAAGAACAAGGUCAUCAAGGAACAAAUUUCGCGCAAUAUGUUGCAGGCCAUCCAGCGCCAGAAGUUCGAGCGUCCAGGUGCGGAGUACAUGUGCUACUGUCAAGAGAACGUACCGGAGGAGGGACUUGCGACCAAGAACGUAAUUACGUGCUCGCACCGCGACUGUGAUGUCGUCUACUUUCACAAGUCGUGCGUUAAGAACCUGGGUGUCGAUAAGGUCAGCCUCUGGUUUUGCACCUCGUGUGAGAAGAGGAUGAAGGUGCUGGCUCACCAGACACUGAGGAACCUCGGCUAUACGGAUGUUACCGAGGAGGACAGCAAUACCAACUUCGAUGAGAAGAAGUUUAAAGAGAUGCUGAAGAUACCAGAUAGUGCGAUGAGCAAGCUGAAAGAGCGUGUGGGACAUACAACAGGCAAAUUAGCAGGUUUUGGUAUGAUGACGUUUGAGGUUGAUGAAGGCGGGAGGAUGACGACCAAAGCGUCGCAACGCUUUUAGGUUUUCGAUGACCGAUGUAUCAUGUAUUCGACAUGGAUGUUAUGGAGGCCGAGGACCUUUAUCGGGUGACGACUAACAUCGACGAGCAACAUGUGUUUAGAGGUACGAUUCGCAUUUCUGUAGCCAU